GUCUUGGUUUAUCAAUUGUUACGAGUCCCUGUUUUUUAAACUCUGUACAGGGUUAAGUCUCUUCAAGAUUUUAAAGUCUUUUCAACUUAUUUUCACAUAAAGUGAGACAACCAGUGACAUAUUUCAGAUGAUUGCACGUCAGUUUUUUCGUUCCAUACACACAAAUUACAUACUUUGUCAUUCAUCAAAGAAAAUAUUAUUGGCCAAAUUGCGUAAGAAGACUGGAUAUACGUUUAUAAACUGUAAGAAAGCAUUAGAGCUACAUGACAAUGAUGUUGAAAAAGCUGAACUAUGGCUAAAAGAACAAGCUCAGGCUCAAGGCUGGGAUCGGGCAAUAAAAUUACAAUCCAGGACAACUACUCAGGGUUUAAUAGCGAUGAUCACAAAUAACAAUUCUGGAGCUCUUGUGGAAAUAAAUUGCGAAACAGACUUUGUUGCAAGAAACAAAAAGUUUCUCGAUUUAGCAGAAAUUGUGCUUUCUACUGUGUUAAAUCAUGGAAUGUCAAUUGAACAAAAUGCAAUCAUCGGUAAAACCAUAUUAUAUACAGAAUCUAUAAAUUCCUUGUCUGCUAAGGAUGGCAAAAGUUUAGCCGAUCAUUCUGCUUUAACCAUUGGAAGUAUUGGUGAAAACAUUAACAUAAAACGAGCUUUAUGUAUGAACGUACAACCUGGUGUGUAUUUGUAUGGUUGUACACACCCCUCCCCACUAAAUCCAGUUCCAUCAUCUUUUGGACGAUACGGUGCACUAGUGGCUAUUAAGUCUAAAGAAAAGAGUAACAUGUUGGGAAUGCAAUUAUGCCAACAUAUUAUUGGUAUGAAUCCAGUCAAAAUUGGAGAUCCAAACAUUGAUGAACCUAGCGAUGAUGUAGAUGACGAAUCUGUUAUGCUGUAUCAAGAAUUUUUGCUUGAUCCUAAUGUGUCUGUACAACAGUUUUUACAAAGCGAAGAACUCGAAAUAAUGGAUUUUGCACGUUUCGAAAUGGGUGAAAAUAUUGAAAGAGACGAAACAUUAGAUUCUUUAGAAACUUGUGGUUAAGAUAAAGAAUUAUUUUGGCUCAAUAAAAACAAUGUAUAUGAAUUUCAUUAUACACCACUUUUGUUCACGCUUCGAACAAUAAUAUUAUUUAGAUGCUAUCAAAAUUGUACAAAUCUUUUAUUUAAAUACUAAAAUUACUGCAUUUCGUUAUUACGAGCGACAAGUCACAUUAAAAUCAAAACAUAGUAUGAAAUUUAAAAGAUCUUGUUUACAGAUUUUACUUAUGAUCUGACACAAUGUAUAUAUAUCGAAAAAUAGAUUCAAUUUAAAAUAGCAAUACGAACAAUAAAUGCAACAAUCUAAAUGUAUAGAACUUUACGUCUGAAAUUCUGGAUGACGUUCAAAUUAUUGUUUUUCUUCAUUUUCAUCGUUUACCGCGCCCGUAUUACUCGAAGACUUAGACUUAUUCCUUUUUCGCCUAAGCUGAACAGAUUUCCAAAGCCACAUUCGCGAAUCUUUUUUCCAGUAACGAGCAAUAUCCUCCGGUGGGUGUCUAACGCCCUGAAAUAAUCGUUCAUUACCGAUUUUGAAAAUAUUUGAAAAUGUGCAAAUUGUACUUGAAAAUUCAAAAUAUCAAAAUUUUGAAGAACUUGUCGACAAGGUAAAAUCUCUCUAGCGUUAAAAUCGUAUAAUUCUUGUUUGAUAUCAUCCAAUGGUUCGGUCUGAGCAUCGCUCGUUCGUCGAAGCGGUAUCGCUUCAUUUCUACAUUCAACUUCCGCUUCUAAUU